GAAGAUUUUCUCAAAAGGGUAUUCAUGACUUUUCGUUUUUUCUAUUCUGUGCAAGGAAUGAAUAGGACCCAAAAACAGCACCGAAGUUGAAGGAGCGCGGGAAGCGGAGUUGAAAAGCUAACAGUGGCGGACAAUGAAAACUAAAAAGUGCACCGCCACGUAAUCUUCACUCUCAAGUCAAGAGAAGAGAUAUUUUCGAUGCGCGAAAAAAAAAUAUCUGCUUCUCCUUGGUGAUAGUCGGCUUGUUUACCUGACGUGGCAACUGACACGUGUAAAAGCGGUGACAACUGUAACUUUCUUUUGUCCUCAAAGGCCAAACCCACCUCCAUUUCAUCACAUAUUCUACUUCCUCUCUCUUCCGUUGCGUCCUAUCUUCUCCCUCUAUGUCUGUAUAUCUGCCUCUAAAUCUGCCCUCUAAUCCUUUAAUUUAGUGAAGAUAUAGACAUGGAAGGUUGCAGAAGUGAAAUUCGGGCGCGUUCACAAUCUUCUGAAUCAACGGGCGGCGAUUCAGGCGAUUUUGAUCCACAGGGAUUGCAGAUGACAGAAACUAUGUCUAUAGAGUGGACAAACGAGAAGCAUAGCCUUUACCUUAAAUCCAUGGAAUCAUCAUUUGUAAACCAAUUAUAUAACUCCAUGGAUCUUCUUGGUAGGCAAUUGCAGAAGGAGAUGUCAGAUCCCGAAUCAUCACAGCAAGAACAUAGUAACACUCGUGCUCCGUCUGGCCAGUUUAAGGUUCUUCGGGGUGGUUGCUGGCAGAAAAUCAACUUUCAAAGGCCUGAUUCACAAGCGAACAUCACAAAUGAACCCAAUGGCGAACUGAUAAGUCCAUGGAUCCAGCACUUUAGGCCUAGAAGAAAGCCUCAAGAAAGUGCUGCAUCCCAUAGACAAGCAACCAGCUCAAGCAGGAAUGAGGUGACUUCCAGUGGAAAAGCAAAUUGUUCAAAACAUUCUCCUCUAUGCCACUGCUAUUCACGCAAUCAUGGCCUUCUUGACAGCAAUACAGAGGUGUCCGAUCAAAAUUUUGUGGAUGAAGUUUUUAAAAGUGAAAGAGGAAGCAGCACAUGCAGCUCAAAAAGGAUGAAAACUCAGACGAUGGGUACUUCAAUUAAUGACCAGGAGCACACUAGCUCACAUAAAAAUGAACUGUUGUAGUCCCACAUUAUCCAUGUCUAGUUACUUUCACAGGUUGUUCCAUUUGGAAAACCAUCUGUGACAGAAGAUACUGCUGAGAAGUGAGAAGUGUAUUUCUGCAACUAGAUAAAUGAUCUGCACCAUUGACUGGCAAUUAAUGGACCUGGCUGGUUUGGUUCGGACGGCUGUUCUCUAGACCUGUGAAGAGAUUGAAGGAACUCUGUUAACUUUACAUUCUUGUAGCAAUUCCGGAUGGGUAGGUGGGUGCCAGUUCGAGGGAUUUUUGAAUAGCGGAUUUGUCCAUAUGGUUACAAUUGGCACUAGUUUUACGCUGCUGUGAGGAAUCCUCUGUCACAGUGGUCUAUGAAUUUUUUUUUUUUUUUUUUUUUUUUUAACUCUGGU